CGCAGGGACCUAGUCACAGUUUCCCAAUCCAGCCACUGUAGUACAGAGGCUAAAAGUUCCAGCCUCUCGUAGUAUUACCACAAAACACCUUUACAGUUUCUAGAAAUAUACGUGGUAUGUAGUAGGUGUUCUGGGAUCUGGCAGCACUGGGUUCACUCAACGCCUUUCAAUUCUUGAUUCAGAUGUGGAAGUAGCGCUGUGCGGACUGUUUUUGCAACGCUGGUUUUUGUGUUUCUCGUCGUGAAAAAUCUCAGGCACGUCAUCUCGUUCUGUGUGACGGCUUUGUGACAGUGGUAAGGGUGCCACGACCGCCUGAAUAGACCGAGGAAGGGGCCGAUUAGAAACUCGGUCCGUGCGAAAAUGCCCCAGUCGUUGGAUCAGUAUCUAUCUUCUCUGCUCGCAAAGUACCAUUAUCCUGACCAGGCCAGGAAGGACAUCACUAAUGUACUCCAGCACUAUCGGAACCUCUCGCCAACUACAUCGCAGUUUGUGUUCAACGAUGGCAUGAAAAAGGAGCUCUUCUGCCUGGAUGGCACCAUCCCAGUGAGCUACAAAGGCACGACAUACAACAUCCCAGUGUGUAUCUGGUUGUUGGAUACGCACCCGUACAACUCGCCCAUGUGCUACGUGAAGCCCACAAGCUACAUGCAGAUCAAGGUGUCCCGGCACGUGGACCAGACAGGACGCGUCUUCUUGCCCUAUCUGCACGAGUGGAGCCCGAGCUCAUCCGACCUGCUGGGCCUCAUUCAGGUGAUGAUCAUCACAUUUGGUGAGACACCACCAGUGUUCUCAAAAUCUCAGGAGGACGGCUCAUCUUCUUACCCUGGAGCCAGGAACACAGGUGCAGCUGGAGGUUUUUUCCGUCCCGCAGCAGGGGUGAUGCCACCAACAAUGGGAGGCCAACCUCCGUACCUGACAGCCGCAACCGCCAUGCCACCAUACCCGCCUGGGGGAGCAACCGGCAUGCCCGCACCGUGGACACCAUAUCCUCCGGCAAGCGGUGCUGCAUCGGCCUCUUCCAACCCCAUAAGUGGAGCCGGCAUGCCCUCUUACCCGGUCUUCCCCUCUGUUGCGCCUGCGGCAUAUCCACCGUACCCCACGUCGGGCCCCACCGCGGCCAGCACAAGCUACCUUUACCCACCAGCCACCACUACCAGCACCGCGGCCAGUGCAGCGGCUUCCCAGACGGGCACCAUCACCCAGGAGCACAUCCGUUUCUCUCUGCUCACGGCUGUUGAGGAGAAGGUCAAGGCUCGGCUCAAGGAGGCCCUCUCGGGAGCCCAGGCGGAAAUGGACGUCCUCAAGCGCACCCAUGAUGAGCUGACUCAGGGAAAGACCAAACUGGAUGACAUGAUCAACCGCAUGGACAGGGAACAGGCGGAGCUGGAGGCAAACCUGCAGAACCUGCAUGAGCGCAAUGAAGAGCUGAAGGAGCUCAUACGCAAGGUUGAAAAUCAAGGAAGCAUCAACGUUGAUGAGGCAGUCGUCACUACUGCGCCGCUCUACAAGCAGCUUGUCAAUGCCUUUGCUGAGGAGAAUGCUACGGAGGAUGCAAUCUACUAUUUGGGCGAGGCUCUUCGCAAGGGGGUCAUCGACCUUGAUGUGUUCCUGAAGCAUGUUCGUGAGCUGUCCCGGAAGCAGUUUCUGCUGCGAGCCCUGAUGCAGAAGUGCCGGGAAAAGGCCCAGCUCCCAUAGUCAACAAAUGGCUCGACUGACUCACAGCUUGAAGGCAUCAAAGCCCUACCGCACCAAGAUGUCUGGUGCUGGGACAGCUUCGCAAUUGCAACGUCAUCACACCUGUGUGAACUGUAAAGUUUAUUCGUGCAGAAAAGCACGAGAGACAGUCUGGUGUUGGUGCCUGCCAACCACAAUGCUCUGUAUAAGCUCUCGUGUUAUUGAUGGGCAGAACAUAAAUUUUCCUAAACUGUAUCUGAGUAGAUUCAAAUGACCUUGUGGUCUUUGGCAUUGCUUCUGAAGCUUCUUUAUUUUUUGUGUCGCAGAUUUGCUGGUUGGCUACAAAUAUGUUUACUUAAACUGAAGUUCCGCCUUUGUGCAGAUCUUAGAAGAGAGGGGGAAAAUGUUGUUUGAAAUAUAACCUAUAGGGGGGGGGGGGGGGUAUCAGUCUUAUUCACAAAGCAAAAUCCUGGUUUCACAACUGUUUAUGUAUGUAGUAAUCGCAGGUUCGUCUGGCAUGAGAAUCGCAAUGGCAUGAAUUAUGAACUUUAAAAACAAUCAUAUUAAAACAGUUUGUUGGGCAAGUUGGUUCAUGUCUUGAUAAGGAAAAACCAUAGUUCUAAUGGAACACGAACCUUACUAAAACAAAUCUGUGUCGCCAUGUUUUGCUUCAAGUACUGUUUUCUCAUCUUGGAACAAUGCUAGCCUAGCGCUAUGGCAUUAAGUGACAAACAAAGAUAAAAGAAAGUACAGUAUGUUUGAUGUGUCCAAACCAAAUGGUUGUACAGAAGUUGUUCAAAUGAAAAGGUAUAAAACAACACUGUAGGUAUAAAUAAACACUUUUUUCAAGGUGUACUCUAUAUAUCUAAUUAUAACGAUUGGAUCCUAUUGGGAUUUUUUGUUUACAGUAUUCCUGUAGCCAUGAUGAGACUCUGUCUUCCACAGUGAUGUCGAAUUCGUCGUCCAAGGUGAAGUGCUUCAUUUUCAAAUAUUUUUUUACAGGGGACCAAUGACAGAAAUUGCAGGCAAUUAAUGGUAGCCGGUUUAGCACACUCCGCUGUCAGAAAUUGAAUAGCUCCUGGCUGUCUCUAAUCGCUGAAUUUUGAAAUUUGAGUGCCAUACUGUUCUUGCUUGGCUGCUGCAUGAAUAGCUUAGCGCUUUUUAAUGAAAGCCUCUGCUUUCUCCUGUGCAUGUGUACGUCCCCACAUGCUCUGGUUUCUGGCAGAUACUCCAAUCGCUUGCCUAGAUGUCUCACUACGUUUUUCUACAGCAGCUUAUGCAUCUGUGCGAGUGGUCAUGUUGUUAUGUUGUUUCAUACCUUUUUAUUUGAAUGCUCCUCGUACUGCCUAUGCAGAAUUGAUGACUGCAGUGCCAUAUUUUCGUCUGGUAAUCUUCGUGCAUGGCAGUGCAUAUGUCAACAAUAUGUGUCACCUCAAUUCUUUGAAACUUUCUGCUGUGUAACAGUGCCACCACUCUAUUUUGCAAGAAGACUCCAGAAUCUUCACAAGCAUUGACAGCAAGUAUUUCUUUUUAUUUAUUGUUACAGCAAAGUUUUUUUUAUCUGUAAUUUUACCAAAGUCCUUGCUGCUUAAGUGAUUACAACACGAGCAUUACGAGACUCUUUUAGCACAAUCCAGUGCCUCUGUAUAAGGCACCAUGGUAAAUGUAUGAUAUGAAUGGUUCGUUUUUAAUGUGGCUUGUUUUCACUUUGUAGUAAUAAAUCUUCCUUGAAAUUAAA